GCACACCUACACUCUGACCAUUUUUAUUUGAGUGGAAAGUUGAAAGCGAACACAACACCGGCUGCACCCAUCCGGCGCUCGUUGGGGUGGCAUAGCAAAGUUCUAGGGCAGAGCCUUCCUGCCCGGAGCCCGCGAUGCAGCCGCCUUCCGAUACCUGCUCAGCUUCACGCCGCAACUGAAGGUCCGCCCGCCGCGGAACAGUUGCGUCUCCAUCUGGCUGCCAACCCACCCAAGCUUUCUUCUCCUCCACCACCACCACCUUCCCUCCUUCCCCCCGCCUCCCCCUCCUUUCCGUCUUCCCUCUCCACCCCCGCCCCCAAUCUCCUCCUCUUUUUCUCACUACAAGCGGUUGCUGAUGCUGAAGCCGAGCGUCACUUCGGCUCCCACGGCAGACAUGGCGACAUUGACAGUGGUCCAGCCGCUCACUCUGGACAGAGAUGUCGCCAGAGCAAUUGAAUUACUGGAAAAACUACAGGAAUCUGGAGAAGUACCAGUGCACAAGCUACAAUCCCUCAAAAAAGUGCUUCAGAGUGAGUUUUGUACUGCUAUUCGAGAGGUGUAUCAAUAUAUGCAUGAAACGAUAACUGUUAAUGGCUGUCCUGAAUUCCGUGCCAGGGCCACAGCAAAGGCAACAGUUGCAGCUUUUGCAGCUAGUGAAGGCCAUUCCCACCCUCGGGUAGUCGAACUGCCAAAGACUGAUGAAGGCCUUGGUUUUAACGUGAUGGGAGGAAAGGAGCAAAAUUCCCCCAUUUAUAUCUCCCGCAUCAUUCCUGGAGGGGUGGCCGAAAGACACGGAGGCCUCAAAAGGGGAGACCAGCUGCUAUCAGUGAACGGAGUGAGCGUGGAAGGGGAACACCAUGAGAAAGCGGUAGAACUACUCAAGGCUGCUAAAGACAGCGUCAAGCUGGUGGUCCGAUAUACCCCCAAAGUCCUGGAAGAAAUGGAGGCUCGCUUUGAAAAGCUCCGGACCGCCCGGCGUCGGCAGCAGCAACAGUUGCUAAUCCAGCAGCAGCAACAGCAGCAGCAGCAACAAACACAGCAAAAUCAUAUGUCAUAGGUCCUUAAAGAGAGGCUACUUGAUCAAACAUCUGAUAGUCACAAAUUUGAAACCGUGCUUCACAAUCCCAGCACAUAAUGAAAGGAAAAGACAACAUUGAUAAUUAUACCUGUCAAGAAGCUGUGACCACGUGAUAUAUAAGUUCUUCACCCAGGCAACUCCUUUCUCUGGGGCUGAAUCCCCACUGCUCAUGCGCUCUUUACACACACAGACCUUCCAUGCACUGCAGUGGGAAUUCUCAGUGUGUAAAGGGAGCAGUUUUCCGGUCCGCAGACUGAAAUAGUACAAGAAGAAUAAAGUCCAUGACUUUCCGAUAAAUCACCGGGCCAAGAUUAAAUGAAUCUUUGUUCUACAGCUUUUCCAGAGAUUAACAAAUCCCUCAUUAGGCUAUAGUUUAAACUGCAUCAGUUCAAGGUUGUCAUCACUUAAAAGAAACCUACUCAUUGCCCUAUACCCUGACCUCUUCCACAUCCAUAUUGCUGAGUUGUCUGAAUUAGAAUUCCAGUUAAUUGCAAAUGCCACCUUUAUUCCCCUUAUGCUAUAUUUAUACUCUGUUCAGGUUCUAGAAGCAAUUGGCUUUUUAUUUUCUGUUUCCAAGAAUUUUAUUAUGCAUUAAUGGAGAGGGACAAUUUUAGCUCAACUUUUGGUUUGCUAGAGACACGGAUAGAGAACUCUAGUACUGUAUAUUUUUUUAAUUUAACUAUCACUUGUAUCUAUGAUUAUUAAUUCUAACAAUAUAACAUGUAUUUAUUCCACAAAAUAUAUAUUAUCAGAGUGUAUCUGUUACAAACUGAGGUCUUUUCUUACCAAAUGUUAUGAAUCUGGUAAGAGAAUACUAGCAAAGGACCUAGCUUCAUGAACUGAUCCUCCUGUGAUAUUUCCAUAUAACCCUGCUCUCAAUAUUUGUUUGUUAAGUUUUAUAUUUUUUGAUUGAUAAACUCUAGGUAAGUCAGA